UCGUUCUGUAUUGUUUUAGGCCUACAGUUGCGGAGCAUAGAGGAGCCAGCGGGAGGCGCGGGCGGCGGCAUGCCCGCGCCUUCCUGCUAUGAUGCUGAAUGCGCGCGCACGGAAGCUUGGCUCGACGAGAACCAGGAGUUCGUGCAUGAUUACUUUUUAAGGAAGGCGACGCGGCAAGUGGUGGAUGCGUGGUUAGUGUCGCACGCGACGCCGCCGAGCGCCGAGCUCGCGUCGCCGUCGCGCGCCGGUUCCGGCUCUGGAGCUACAACGCCUGUCAGAAAGAUCUCAGCGCACGAGUUUGAGCGUGGUGGUCUUCUGAAGCCGUUGGUGACGACGGUAGACGGCACACCCACCUUCCUAGGAGACCAGCCUCCUCACGCCACACCUUCGCGGCCGCAGCGGAGGUCGCGGCAUGAACUGAGACAGCUGGACGAAAAGGAACUUAUAUUUGAAUUAGUAAAGGACAUCUGCAACGAGCUAGAAGUAAGGGUGCUGUGUCACAAGAUCCUCCAAAACGUAUCAAUAUUAUUGGAUGCGGAUCGAGGGUCUCUGUUCCUGGUGCAAGGGGAGAGAGCAUCACCUAAUCCACAAAAUGGAAGGUGUUUGGUGUCGAAGUUGUUCGAUGUCUGUUCGAAGUCAACGCCCGAGCAGAUGGAACAGCUCGAAGAGAUUAGAAUACCGUGGGGUAGUGGAAUCGUCGGCUAUGUCGCCGAGAGUGGAGAGCCCGUCAACAUACCUGAUGCGUAUAAGGACGAAAGGUUUAACCACGACAUUGACCAGCAGACGGGUUACAAAACGAGGUCACUUCUCUGCAUGCCCAUUAAGGACAUUAACGGAGAGGUCAUCGGCGUUGCUCAGGUUAUCAAUAAACAGAGUGACGGUCCCUUCACGGCCUACGAUGAGAAGGUCUUCUCAUCCUACCUUCAGUUCUGCGGCAUCGGCCUUCGAAAUGCACAGCUUUACGAGAGAUCCCAAUUGGAGGUGAAAAGAAACCAGGUCCUAUUGGACCUCGCCCGAAUGGUGUUUGAAGAACAGAGUACUAUUGAGCACAUGGUUUUAAGGAUACUUACGCAUACGCAAAGUCUCAUCAGAUGUCAACGAGUACAGGUACUCCUAGUUCACGAGGCAUCGAAGGGAAGUUUCUCCCGUGUCUUCGACCUGGAGGCUGGCGAUGACACCGACCUGGGUACUCCUAGGACCUCACCUUACGAGAGUCGGUUUCCUAUUAACAUUGGCAUUACGGGAUAUGUCGCUACCACAGGCGAGACUGUGAACAUUCCGGAUGCCUAUUUAGAUCCCCGUUUUGAUCCGUCCGUCGACGAAGGCACCGGAUUUAAACACAACACAAUACUUUGCAUGGCCAUUAAGAAUUCCGAGGGGAGGAUUAUCGGAGUCAUUCAGUUAAUCAACAAAUUCGAUGAGCUCCUGUUUACGAAGAACGACGAGAACUUCGUUGAAGCGUUCGCGAUAUUCUGCGGUAUGGGCAUACAUAACACGCAUAUGUACGAGAAGGCUAUCACCGCUAUGGCGAAGCAGAGUGUUACUUUAGACGUACUAAGUUACCACGCAUCCGCAUCAUUAGACGACGCUCAACGGCUACGGACGUUGAGAAUACCUUCGUCCGCCCACUUCAGUCUUCAUGAGCUCGCCUUCGAUGACAUCGAGAUGACGGACGACGACACAUUGAGGGCGUGUCUCCGUAUGUUCCUAGACCUCGACUUUGUGGAACGGUUUCACAUAGAUUACAGCGUCCUCUGCCGAUGGCUGUUGAGUGUGAAAAAGAAUUACCGCAAUGUAACGUACCAUAAUUGGAGGCACGCGUUCAACGUCGCGCAGAUGAUGUUCGCUAUUUUAACGGAGACGCAGUGGUGGAAGAUAUUCGGGGAGCUAGAGUGCCUGGCGCUCAUCAUCGGAUGUUUGUGCCACGACCUUGAUCAUCGGGGGACCAAUAAUUCGUUUCAGAUCAAGGCGUCGUCACCAUUGGCACAGUUGUACUCCACCUCCACUAUGGAGCAUCACCACUUCGACCAAUGUCUCAUGAUCCUCAACUCGCCUGGAAACCAGAUCCUGCUCAACUUAUCUUCGGAUGAUUACGAGAAAGUCGUCAAAGUGCUAGAAGAUGCUAUCCUCUCUACUGAUUUGGCUGUGUAUUUUAGUAAACGCAAGGCCUUUAUCGAGCUGGUAAGCACGGAGCGACAAGUGACUCCGAACUGGGGUGAAUGUGAAGACCGCCGCGGUCUCCUGCGAGCAAUGCUGAUGACCGCUUGUGAUCUCGCUGCGAUCACUAAACCUUGGCCCGUGGAACGACGAGUCGCUGCCCUUGUAGCUGGAGAAUUCUUCCGACAAGGAGAUUUGGAGAGACAGAACUUGAACUUGACACCUAUUGACAUAAUGAACAGAGAUAAAGAAGACGAACUCCCUGCUAUGCAAGUCAAAUUCAUCGAUACGAUCUGCCUGCCUAUUUACGAGGCAUUCGCAGUUCUAUCGCCGGCUUUACAGCCGAUGCUCGACAGAGUAAAGAGUAAUCGCGGCCACUGGAUCGACCUCUCCAACAACGACGGCGGGGAAAAGUUCGAUUACGGACUUGAUAAGGAACCGGAGAGGAACGACAAAUCCAGCAUCAGCUCACAGAACGUUGAUGACACAGAGAACACGUAUGAGGGAGAUAGCAGUGGCGCUGUCAGCCUCUCUUCAGAAACAAACUCCAAAUAUGAAAACCUCGAGAACCCCGUCGUAGGACUUCUGUGCAACAACGUCCUCACCCUCCGAGACCCCAACAAGUUCUGUCCACUUAAUGACUAUUAA